AUGCAAUUACUAGUUAAACCAUGGCCUUUCAGAGGUUGGGCUAUGGAUCUAAUCGGCAAAAUUAAUCCUCCUUCAUCAAAGGGUCAUCAUUGGUUUAUUUUAGCUACCGAUUAUUUUACUGAGUGGGUUGAAGCCGAGGAAUAUGUCUUAGUAACUCACAAUACGGUGAUACAGUUUCUAGAACGACAUAUUUUUCACCGAUUUGGCUUACCAGAAACAAUUGUUGUCGAUAAUGGAUCUGUUUUUCGAGCAAAUGAAGUAUUACAACUCGGCAUUGAUAUACAAGUGAAAAUGGUUACCUCGACACCCUAUUAUGCUCAACGACAUGGCCAAACAGAAGCGUUAAAUAAAGUUGUGAUUGAAAUUAUUGAAAAGAUGAUAAAAGCCAAGCUGAGGCGUUGGCAUGAAGCCCUUUCAGAAGCGUUAUGGGCCUAUAGAAACUCAAAAAGGAUAAUCCAGAAACUUGCUUUGGAUCACCUUAUGGUGCAUAAAGCAAAAGUCAUGAGGGCUUACAAUAAAAGGGUGAAGUUCAAGUCAUUUGCGGAGGGCGAUAUAGUUUGGCAAACAAUUCUUCCACCUGGAAAGGUGGAUAGGGUCUAUGGCAAGUGGUCACCUACUUGGAAGGGUCUAUAUUUGGUUCACCAAGUAUUGCAUGGAGGCGCUUACAUGUUAAAAGAUUUAGAUGGUGAAAUCCAUGAGAGACCAAUAAAUGGAAGAUACCUUAAAAAAUAUAAGCCAACUAUUUUUGAGCUCAUGGAAGAAAAGAAAAUUCCAGUAAGUCAAGAUAGUGUGGAUUGUAUGUUAUGCAAGGUAUGUAGAGAUAAAAUUUGCUCUUGUGAUGAAUAA